AUUGUCGUCGAGCAGCAGCUCAUCGCAUCAUACAUGCAAGUCAACUAAGGGUCGACUACUUCUGCCCAUCUCCGCUGUUACUACCAUCUGUAUCCCCUGUGCAUCAUUACAACGAACAAAACAGCUAUAGACAUGGCCAACGAACACAACAACGACAGCGGUGACGACUCGCUCGCCUCCUCCUUCGUCUCUUCCUUUUCCUUCCCUCCUCCUUCUCCCAAGGUGCCCAAGGAGAAGAAUGCCGAAGCCGGUCUGACCGACAUCCACCUCGACCAGCCUACCCUGAUCAUCCCCGCCGAGCAGAACCAGAACGAGGACGCCCCGGAUCCCAUCCAGUCUUCUCACAAGGGCGACCAGUCCGGUGACCCCUCCAGCGUCGAGAACCCUGUCGAGACCGCCAAGAACACGGCCAAGGCUGACGAGGAUUGGAAGUCGGUCUUGGACAAGAACCUCGAGGUCUGGAGGGGAGAGAGCUCGGUCGCUAGGACCAAGAGCGAGAGCACGAGGUUGAGGUUGGAAGAGGAGCGGGUCAGGUUUGAAAAGGAGAACGUUCAGAAGAAGAAGGACGAGGAGAAGCGUAAGAAGCAGGAAGAAGAGGACGCCGAGGUCGAGCGCAAGUUGCAGGAGCUGCUGAACGCUCCCGCUUCGAGCAGCAAGUCCAUCGCUGGCCAGAAGAGGAGGUCGUCCCAGGUCAAGCAGGACAAGGAGAGGAAACGAUGGAACGCCGUCAGGGACGCUUGGGAGAUUGUCAGGGAUGGGUCGUCGGCCACCGUACCGGAUGACGAGGUCGAGGCGGAUCCUAGGGAUCUUACCGCUGGUGAUGCCGGCGGGUUGGCCGAGCCCGGUCACAGGCAGGGGGCCGAGGUCCUCAAGCAAGCACACGAGACCAUCACCAAGAUCAGCCAGGGAGACGGUAACCUAGACCCUACUCCCGCCUCGGCUCAGCGACGUAACGACCUCCUCAGCGCCGAGACUGGUGACGCUUCCAACCGUCGUCAAGCCGUCGGAACCUCGUGGAAGGACGCCUCGGAAUCCAUCGCUGCCGAGAAGGGAGCUACCGAACCUAGCGCUCCUUCGCAGAGCCAAGGACAGGCUGGAGCUUCUUCGUCCUCAAAGAUCGUCUCCUCCAGGUCUACCAGUACCAACGCCGUGGCCUCUUCGUCGAGCUUCUCGUCGACCCGAAGGUCUGGGGACGAGAAAUCGCAAUCAGACUCCAAAAACAAGGACGACGACAAGGUCGAGAUUGGACCUAUUCCUACUCCCUCCCCACUCUCUGGCCCGCCUUACCAACCCCCCUCCCUCACUCUCUCCCUCUUCACCUCGCCUUCUCACCGCUCGAUCGCGAGGAUUGCCGCCGUGGUCGGGAUCAACCUCAUCCUGCCCUUUAUCAACGGUGUCAUGCUCGGGUUCGGAGAGAUCUUUGCUAGGGAGACCGUCAUCUUUGGACGACGGUUGUGGAGAGGAGAAGCUACGUUGAGGAGCCUGUGGAGGCCGAGCGCGGGCGGGAACUUGGCUGGUUUGGGACUGGGGUUGGAUUCGUUUGGAGAGACCGUAUGAGUCGCAGCAUGAGAUUCGAGUCUCGAUGUAUAUAGGUGGCCACACACCAGCGCGAAAGACGAUAUAGGCAUCUCAUUAUGCAUUCUGUGAACACGUAUCAAGUCAAGUGCUCUUUCUUAAACAGGCCAAGUCAUCUGACACGAGACAAAAAAUUCUGCCACAUGUACCUUUUGUUGUAUGACGAUGGACUGGAAU